UUUUUUAACACUGAUUGCUUUUACAACCAUGAAGGCUGUAAAAGCAAUCAUUUCUCCUCUCUGGCUGCAUUCUUGUAGCCAUUGAGAAAUACUGUGAGAGCUGUGAUUGGUCACAGCUUGUCACAUGUAGCAAGCAAUGAUGUCAGGAAGUGACAUCUUGCUUACUACUAUUCAUGUGAUCACUGAUUGGCUAAUCUGUUAUCACAUGAUCGGGACCUCACACAAAGGUCCCGUACAGCGA